UUGAUUUUCUCCGUCUUCAAGACAUUGACCGACCAACGAGUGACUGUUGAACUGAAGAAUGAUCUGUGCAUCACCGGCACUCUAAAAUCCGUUGACCAGUUCUUGAACAUCCGUUUGGACGGAAUAUCAGUGUUGGAUGAGGCGCGGCAUCCCCACAUGAUGGCUGUGAAGAACUGUUUCAUCCGGGGCUCCGUGGUGCGAUAUGUUCAGCUACCUGCCGAACACGUCGAUACACAGCUUCUCGAAGAUGCGACGCGGCGUGGUGCGUCACGAUGUGUGUUCGAAUUCAAUCCUCACUCUUAUCGUUAUUCGGUCGCAGAGGCCAGCAACCAAACGAAACGAUGA